GGCUUUCAUUAAACGGCCCACGUACUCUUCGUUAUCGACGGCUCAAAUCACUAAGUAAAAUGGAAAACGCGAACGAUUCGGAAAUUUGCGGUGAUUUCACCAUCGACUUUACCAAUGAGGAAACUGCAAAGAUGAUGUCUUUCAAACAAAGUGAAAUCUUACUUUCCUCCGUUGGGGUACCAAUUGUUCUUAUCAUUGGGGUGCCUGGUAACGUCGCCUUUCUGUUCACGUUGUACAGAGUUCGCCGUAUGCAGACAACAACCAAUUUCUACUUAGCUAACUUGGCCGUGGCAGACCUCAUGUACCUCAUCAUAUUCUCAGCUUAUAACACAAAAACAUUCUUAUCCACGCCUAUCGCAUACAGCUGGUUCGCUGAGUCAUGGCUGGUAUGCUUGGUGAUCACUUUGUCUCUUGAUAUUCCUUAUUUUGCCUCCAAUUCCAUGAUCACCCUUGUGGCUUUGGAGAGGUUCUACGCCAUUUGUCACCCUCUCAAGAACCUAAUGGCAAGGAGUCCCAAACGGACCGUGUCCAUAGUUGUGAUAUUUUGGAUUGUGUCGAUCCUCAUUGCAGCUAGCAUCUCAUCUCGCUUAUCAACACAUCGUGUGGCUUGUGUACUGUGGCCAGACGACGAGCAGUACGCCACACUCCCAAGCACGGUCAACUUCUGCGUGGCCGGGGAACCCUGGGUGAAAUUCCUAACGCAAGCUUUGUAUUUUGGCUUCUGGUUUCUUGGACUAGCGACCAAUACUUUCAUGUACUACAAGAUCGUUCGUCGCUUAGGUCGACGUCUUAUCCCAACAUCCUCUGCACAGACGCACCACUUGAACGCGAAGCAGGUUCGCAAUCAGAUUGCACGAAUGCUGAUCGUCACCAGCGUUGUGUAUUUCUUGUUACAGUCUCCACGUGUAGUCAUCUUUAAUUUGAUGGGACUGAUCCAGUCAGCAAGCGGCGUAUCUGUACUGCAGCCAGGAGCAGUUACUACUCUAUGGCCUAUCGCUAUAUUCCUGGCCUUACUGAACUCAGCACUCAAUCCUAUCAUAUACAAUGUCAGCAGUCCCAAGUACAGACAAGCAUUUCUGCAGGCGUUUACGUGCCGCAUGAAGAAGAAAAAGGAAAAGGUAUCCACAUCCACAACUACCAGAAAGACUGAUAUUGCUCGAAGUAUUUCUAACGUUAGACUUGAUGAAAACCAACUUUAGACUUUGAAACUCAUAAAGACUGUAAUGGACUGGA